AUGCAGUCGUUGCUUGUCUUUUUCAUCGUCUUCCUUGCGGUUCUAUCAACUAGGGCCGAUAAUGAAACUGAGGAGAGGAUCAAUAAGUUGCGCCAUCAAAGGGAGGAAUUUGGAUUCGGUCGCCAAACCUUCCCUGAGAAUUUGAAGGGUCCAACAGAUAAUAUAGAAUUAACCCAAAUAGCAAUGGUCCAAACCACUGGCAAUGCAAGCAAGUAUAUUCAAGAGCUUCUGCCAUCGACAACUGAUCUUGCAUUGAAGAACCACCUUAUAGUUUGUGAAAAUGCAUACAAGGUAGUGAGUAAAGCAUUUCAAGAAGGAAUUGAGUUAUUCUUCAAAAAGGAUUAUAGAAGCAUGUUGAUGGCUGAGAAGAUUGCCCCGAAAGAACAGGAGAGUUGUAGCGUAAUUUACAACACCACCUCAGAAACAAAGCCCAUUAGAGGAGAGGAAUAG